AUGGCCAAUCAUUUAAAUCAUAAAUUGUCGGUGUCUCUCAUGCUUACGUUGUUCCAAAUCCAAACCAAGGUGCUCUGCUAUUACUACAAAGUUGGAGAUUUAGAUGCUUGGGGAAUACCCACUUCAGCAAAUCCUCAAGUCUACACCGUGUGGUCCAAAUAUCACAAUCUAAAGCUUGGAGACUCGCUUUUGUUUCUAUACCCACCAAGUCAAGAUUCAGUUAUUCAAGUUACAGAGGAAUCCUACAAGAGCUGCAACCUUAAAGACCCUAUAUUAUAUAUGAACAAUGGAAACUCUUUGUUUAACAUCACAUCACAUGGUGAAUUCUACUUCACCAGUGGAGUGGCUGGGCAUUGCCAAAAAAAUCAAAAGCUUCAUGUAUCUGUUGGUGGAGGAGGGGGAAUAUCAAAUAUGGAUGGAGCAUCUGGACCAAGUUCAUUACCUGCAUAUGCACCUUCUUAUCCCACAGUAUUUGGCAACAUUCCAAUAUCUCCUUCAACCUCAACCUCAUCUCAGUUAACUUCAACUUUUCAAAUUCUCAUCAUUGGAUUCGUGAUAUGUAUGCUGUUCUCUGCCUUAAUGUAA